AUGCAAAGCGAGUCCAACUACAAGGAAGAAGAACCAGAGGUAACCAUGUGGUCCCAGAAAGCAUGGGCCCUACUAUCCACAGUUCGAUCCCAAUCACCACUCAUCCAAUGCAUCACAAACUUCGUGUCGAUGGAUCUGAUGGCGAACACUCUCUUGUCCGCGGGUGCAUCACCCGCCAUGCUCCACACCUUAGAAGAACUCCCGGAAUUCACGCCUCAGGUCCACGCGCUCUGCGUCAACGUGGGCACACUUUCCGCCGGCUGGCUACCGGCCAUGAAGCUGGCCGCUGAACUGGCACAUAAGUCCGGUAAGCCUUGGGUUCUCGACCCAGUUGCCGCCGGUGCCUCCAGUUUCCGGUUAAAGGCUUGCUUGGAGCUUGUGGAGCUUAAGCCUACUGUUAUCAGGGGAAAUGGGUCCGAGAUUAUCGCCCUCGCCAAGGCUUCUGUGGAACCCACCAAGGGUGUAGACAGUUCCCAUGAGUCAACAGAUGCAGUAGAGUCAGCAAAGUCACUGGCUCAAGCCAGUGGUGCCAUAGUGGCAGUUUCUGGAGCUGUUGAUAUUGUUACAGAUGGGAAGAAAGUUGUUGGUGCUCACAAUGGGGUUGCCAUGAUGACAAAGAUAACAGCAACAGGGUGUUCAGUCACUGCCCUCAUUGCUGCCUUUGUUUCGGUUGAUCAAUCACAUGUAUUGGAAGCUACAGCUUCGGCGUUAUCGAUAUUUGGGAUUGCUGGUGAGAUGGGAAUGAAAAUGGCAAAUGGUCCAGCGUCAUUGCGGAUUCAUUUGAUAGAUUCACUCUACGGGAUCGAUGAAGCGUGUGUGCUUUCUCAUGCUAAAAUCACCAGCUUGUCGUGA